UUGUCAAACAUCCACCUCCAGAAUUAAGAAGGCUACUAAAGGUCAGGCCAAGGGUAAAGCCGUCAGAGACAGCUAAGAAGAUAGUUCAUGUGAAAUUCAGGGAACCCCAGAUCAUACCGUUGCAAUCAAGAACGAGGCUGCUGAUAUAAUCAAGGAGGAAGCCGUUGAUGCAAUUAAGGAAGAGGCUGCUGAUGCAGUCAAGGAGAGAGCCGCCAAUGCAAUUACGGAUGGAGCUGUUAGUGCAGUCAAGGAUGGAGCAAUUAAUGCUGUAAAAUCAGAGGCUAAUAAGAUGGUGGUCGGAAAAGCUAAGAAAGGAGCUGGUUAUUCCAAUACGUAUCUUCCACGAUUUUUCAUGAGCAUAUUUUGAUUUCUUAAUUUAUAUUAA